AUGUGUACUACUACUAAUAAAUCCGUCGUGUGCCAUGCAAUUGCAAAAGAAAGGAAUCGCUUCUUAAAGAGGCAGGAGGCAGGAGGCAGGAGGCAGGCCAUCCAAGAUAAAAGAAGAAAUGCUAAACCCAAAUAUGUCAUCUUGCGGCUGAGAAUUUCAUCACAGCAACGAAAGGCUAAAAAAGCCAAACCUAUCACCUACACAAUGACACCUCAAACUUUCCCUUGUUUCCUUUUCGUCCUCUUUCCCCUUUUCUUCUCUUUAUCCUGUUCGUGCACAUUCACUAUAACAAACAACUGCCCGGAUACCAUCUGGCCAGGUACUUUAGCUGGUUCGGGCAGGCCUCAACUCCCAACAACUGGAUUCCGGUUGGACUCUGGCCAAAGUGCCAGAAUUCCUUCAACUCCCGAAUGGUCGGGACGUAUAUGGGCAAGAACAGGUUGCACAUUUGAUGAGUUGGGAGCGGGCACGUGUCAAACAGGCGACUGUGGAGGAAGACUGGAAUGUAACGGCAACGGUGCCAUUCCACCUGCCUCACUCUUUGAGAUAACCCUUGGCAAUGGCAAUGAUAAAGAUUUUUACGAUGUCAGCAUUGUAGACGGCUACAAUCUACCCCUUAUCGCUUCUCCACGCGGCGUGUAUGGUGCCUGCAAUGCUACUGGCUGUGCUUCAGAUAUCAACAUAGGUUGCCCAAAAGAGCUUCAGGUUGUGGGAGGUGUAAACGAAGGGAGUGUGGUUGGGUGCAAGAGUGCCUGCGAGGCAUUUGGUUUGGACCAAUACUGCUGCAGUGGACAGUUUGCUAACCCAACAACAUGCCAGCCUUCCUUUUAUUCAACCAUUUUCAAGCGGGCUUGUCCAAGAGCAUACAGUUAUGCUUUUGAUGAUGGCACAAGCACUUUUACAUGCAAAGCCUUUGAAUAUGCCAUUGUUUUCUGCCCUAACGGCAACGGGACGAGUCAACCAGAUGAUUCGUUAGCUCCUCCAAGAUAUCAAGUGCCUGGCAGUGAAAAGGUUGUGCAGCAGAUGGUUUCUUCUUCAAACAUGCUCUUACCGAUUCCGUCACUAAUCCUUCUUCUCAUCUUCUUCUACAUACUCUCUUGAAGGUAUGAAAUUAAGUACACGGGGACAGAAGGUUUGAAGAAACAAAGAAUUUGAAAUUUUAUUUCGAAGAGGAAUUAAGAAUGUAUUAGAUAAUUCAUUCAGGCACGCCAAAGUGCAUUGAAAUGUUGGGGAUCAAUUGACUUUAGAAAUAUGAAA